AUGAGAGAAAGCAAAAAGAAGCAAAGCAAUAAUGUUCGAAUAAAAGAGCAAAAAUUAGAGCAAAACAAAUAUGAAAUAUCAAGGAGCGACUGCGAUGAGUUCAUAAGAGUUGUAAAAAAAUUUGGAAGCUCCUUUAACAGACAGGACCUGAUAGAAUAUUGCAAAUUAAACGAAAUUCCAUUGAACGAACAAACAAUAGACUGUAUGUUUGAAGAGCUAUUUCUAAAUAACAGAAAUACAAAGGAGCAUAACGACAUAAAUGCAGACGAUUUAAUUUCACUAAUAUCUACCAAAAAAAAAAGAUGCUUUUAUGUACCUAUAGCAGUGUAUAUAGGAAAAGGCAAACACAUAGACAGUUAUGAAAAAGAAAUAAAAAGAGAAAAAGAUGUUAAAGAUGAAUAUAUAAAAAGAAAAAAAGAAAAAUUAAAAAGACAACAUGAAAAAGACGAAAAAAAUAAAAAAGAAAAUGAAUUGAAAAGAUAUGUAUAUGAAGACACAAUAUUUGAUAAUUCAAAUAGUCAUAGUAUUAAAUUGUAUGAACUUCAUGGAUCCGAACUGCAAAUAAAUAAUAAUCAUUUUGAAGGAAGUAAAAAUGAUAUUUCUGUAUUUGGAAGAGUGCCACAAGAUGUGGUUAAUAAAAGAGAAAUGGAUAAAGUUAAAAAUGGAAGUGCCGAAAUUUUAAGUGAGGAAAUAUCAAAUGUAAACAUGCAUGACAAAGAAAUGAAAAGGAAUGGCAACGAAAUGAAAAGGAAUGGCAACGAAAAGACGCAUAUAAAAGAAGACAGUGCCAAAAUGAAGGAGGAAUCCUCGAAAAAAAGAGGUAACCAUAACAUUACAAUGAAAACGAAAAUAGUAACAAAUAAGGGGAAUAAGCAUAUCACACGACAUAAUACACAGAUAAAUCAAAUAAAAGUGAAUGAUGACCACACCAGUUUGAAUGAUUUGAAAAAAGGGGGCGGUAAAGAAUCGGGGGAGAGGGGGAGUGAAACAUUGAAAGGGUUAAAGAAAGGGGAAGAGAAAGGGGAAGCACAGGGGUCAGCGAAAAGGAUAGUGAAUGAGGCAGCAACAGAAGCAGCGAAGGAGGACGAACAAAAGGAAGAAAAAAGAAGCUACUACAACUCACUGUUGCAAAAAGUGUUGAAUAAUAAAAAGAAAAAAUAUAAAAGAAAGAAGAGAUAUUUACGAUCUUUUAAUUUUGUUACGUAUUUUAAGUUAAACGAGUUAAUAUAUAUCUCCUUUUUGGUCGAAAAAUAUUACGACUACUACUUCAAAGAAGAAUGUUACGACCUGGUUGACAUAUAUGACCAUGUUAAGAAAAAAAGACAGAAAAAAAGAGAUGAAAAAAAGGAAAAAGAAAAAUUGAAGGACAGCAGAUACGAUGAAGAAAGAAAAAAGAACAAAAGAAAUAUUUACAAUAAGAAUACAUAUAAAUAUGUGCAUAGCAAUUACUUAAGUAAUUUUAAGUAUGUAGGUAAAAAUUUGCAUUCCAUAAUAAGUUGUGUCUUAUCUAACAUAAAUUUGUUCUUCAACCAAAACAUUAAUGAUAUUGAAAAUGUAGCAAAUAAAUAUGGUACUGUGGUUAGUACCAUUAGCAAAGUUCCAAGUGGAGUAAGGAGUGCGGUAAAUGAAGUAGGUCUCUACGAAACUUUGGAUUUCAGUCUGGAGAACAAGACGAUGGGGGAAAAAAAGCAGCAGGUGCAUGCUAAUAAUGUAUGUGAUGACAGCAUGGCGAAAGGUGGAACAAACGAAAAUGGUAGAGGUGGUAGUGAUGGUAGAGGUUGUAGUGAUGAUAGAGGUGGUAGUGAUGGUAGAGGUUGUAGUGAUGAUAGAGGUGGUAGUGAUGGUAGAGGUUGUAGUGAUGAUAGAGGUGGUAGUGAUGGUAGAGGUGGUAGUGAUGGUAGAGGUGGUAGUGAUGGUAGAGGUGGUAGUGAUGGUAGAGGUGGUAGUGAUGGUAGAAGUGGCAGAGAUGGUAGAAGUGGCAGAGAUGGUAGAAGUGGCAGAGAUAGUAGCAGUUCCAGAGAUGGUAGCAGUUGCAGAGAUAGUAGCAGUUGCAGAGAUGGUAGCAAUAGCAGCGGUAGUCACGCAGACGGGGCCGUAGAAACGCCUGGCCAGAAUUGCAAAAAAAUGAGCGAAAAAAAGGAAGAAGAUAGUUUUGAUAAGGUAAAAGAAAAGACAAGUGAAGCAGAUGAUCCACCCAAUGGUGAACGUGGAAAGAAUUGUUCGGAAAAGAAGGAAUUCCAGAUAAUAGUAAGAAAAACAGGAAAAAAAAAAAAGAAAGAUUUACUGCUCAGUGAUGACCAAGAUAAUAAUAAUAAUAAUAAUACUAGCGAAAAAUGCAACUCAGACGUAAAUUAUUUAUCAGAAUGUAACAACCAUUUUGAGUAUGAUGAGAGACAAGUCAUGUCGGAUAAUACCAUUAAUUAUUUAAAUUUAAAAUACAGUAAGGACAAAUUAAAAACUCCUAAUUUUAUUUAUUACUUAACGAAUGAUAUAGAUCAAAUACAUAUUUUUAAAAAGACUUAUUUUUAUGAUUUUUUUUUUAUAUAUUUAUUUCGAAAAUUAUUUUGGAAUAUAUUUUCAUUGUACAAUAUAUAUUUGGAGCAAUAUAAAAAGGAGGAGCACUUACAAAUACAUGUUAAUAAUAUAUGUUCUUCGGAUGAACAAAACACAAGAGCUGACAAUUUCCUCUUAUAUGAAAGUGAUAUUAGCAUAAAUAAUUUAAAAAAAAAUAAAAACUUGCUUUAUAAUACUAACCAAAAGCUUUGCAAUAAUUUAACUCCUUUAUUUCAAAUUAUUAAGAGAGAAAAAUUGUUCAUAUAUUUUCGCUAUGAUGAAAAUAAAAAGCUUAAAAGCAAAAAUAAAACAGAGUACAUUUAUAAGGAAAUUUGGGAAUACCUUAUUAUCACAUCUCUAAAAAGGGGGCACUUAAAAAAAAGGUCAAUUCCCUUCAGCGAGUUUGUGCUAUAUCGAGGGUUAUAA